AAGAGUUCGGGCCAAUUGGAAGCGCAGCCACCGCUCGGCCCGGGCGCAGCGCGCAGGCGGUGGCGAAGAGACGCCGAGCGGGCCGAGUGCGGCCGAGCAGAGCCGGAGCCGGAGCGGGGCCGCAGGAGCCGGGCCGGGUGUGGACCGGCCGAGAUGCCCUAUAAACUGAAGAAGGAUAAGCAGGAGCCCCCCAAGCUUGCCAAAGGCACAGCCAAGCCCAGCAGCUCCAGCAAGGAUGGUGGAGGGGAGAACACAGACACAGAGGCGCAGCCCCAGCCCCAGCCUCAGCCACCAUCAUCCAACAAGCGACCUAGUAACAGCACACCACCCCCAACGCAACUCAGCAAAAUCAAGUACUCAGGGGGACCCCAGAUUGUCAAGAAAGAACGACGCCAAAGCUCCUCCCGCUUCAACCUCAGCAAGAACCGGGAGCUACAGAAACUUCCUGCCUUGAAAGAUUCGCCAACCCAGGAACGUGAGGAGCUGUUCAUCCAGAAGCUACGCCAGUGCUGUGUCCUCUUUGACUUCGUGUCAGACCCACUCAGUGACCUCAAAUUCAAAGAGGUGAAGCGGGCAGGACUCAAUGAGAUGGUGGAGUAUAUCACCCACAGCCGUGAUGUUGUCACCGAGGCCAUCUACCCUGAGGCUGUCACCAUGUUUUCAGUGAAUCUCUUCCGGACGCUGCCUCCUUCAUCGAAUCCCACAGGAGCCGAGUUUGACCCUGAGGAAGAUGAGCCUACCUUGGAAGCGGCCUGGCCACAUCUCCAGCUUGUGUAUGAGUUUUUCUUACGUUUCUUGGAGUCUCCAGAUUUCCAGCCGAAUAUAGCCAAGAAGUACAUUGACCAGAAGUUUGUACUUGCUCUCCUGGACCUUUUCGAUAGCGAGGACCCUCGAGAGCGGGAUUUUCUUAAGACCAUUUUGCAUCGCAUCUAUGGCAAGUUUUUGGGGCUCCGGGCUUAUAUCCGUAGGCAGAUCAACCACAUCUUCUACAGGUUCAUUUAUGAGACUGAGCAUCACAAUGGCAUUGCUGAGCUCCUGGAGAUCCUCGGCAGCAUCAUCAAUGGCUUUGCCUUGCCCCUUAAGGAAGAGCACAAGAUGUUUCUCAUCCGCGUCCUGCUUCCACUUCACAAAGUCAAGUCCCUGAGUGUGUACCACCCUCAGCUGGCAUACUGUGUGGUACAGUUCCUGGAGAAGGAGAGCAGUCUCACUGAGCCGGUGAUUGUGGGACUUCUCAAAUUUUGGCCUAAGACCCACAGCCCCAAGGAGGUGAUGUUUCUGAAUGAGCUAGAGGAGAUUCUGGAUGUCAUUGAACCCUCGGAGUUCAGCAAAGUCAUGGAGCCGCUCUUCCGCCAGCUCGCCAAAUGUGUCUCCAGCCCCCAUUUCCAGGUGGCAGAGCGUGCCCUGUACUACUGGAACAAUGAGUACAUCAUGAGCCUGAUCAGUGACAAUGCUGCCCGUGUCCUCCCCAUCAUGUUUCCUGCGCUCUACAGGAACUCCAAAAGCCACUGGAACAAGACAAUCCAUGGACUCAUCUACAAUGCCCUAAAGCUCUUCAUGGAGAUGAACCAGAAGCUGUUUGAUGAUUGUACACAACAGUACAAGGCCGAGAAGCAGAAGGGCCGGUUCCGAAUGAAGGAGAGAGAGGAGAUGUGGCAGAAGAUUGAGGAGCUGGCCCGGCUCAAUCCCCAGUACCCUAUGUUUCGAGCUCCUCCACCACUGCCCCCCGUGUACUCCAUGGAGACAGAGACCCCCACAGCAGAGGACAUCCAGCUCCUGAAGAGGACGGUGGAAACAGAAGCAGUGCAGAUGCUGAAGGACAUCAAGAAGGAUAAAGUGCUGCUCCGGAGGAAGUCAGAGCUGCCACAGGAUGUGUACACCAUCAAGGCGCUGGAGGCACACAAGCGGGCAGAAGAGUUUCUAACUGCCAGCCAGGAGGCUCUCUGACCCCUUCACCUUCCCACAGGGUUAUCGCCCACUCAGCCCUGGGGUGCAGCCCAGCCCUUCACCCUCUGCUCCUUAUUGGCUGACCUGGGGCAAAACAGCACCUCUCUGGCUACUCUAGGAUGCAGGCACUGGAAGCAGGGAUGCCCAGCGUGCUCCCUCUUCUCCCCUAAAUGUGUUCAUGCCUCCCUGUGGCUAGUACAGACAGGCUGAGCACUGAGUGCUCAGUGCUUAGACAACCUGGGGGUGCCUGUCCCCCUGCUCCUAACCCCACAGCUACCUGAAACUGUUCUGAGAAAUACACACAGGAAUCACAUGUUCCUCUCCUCUCCCCUUCAUCCUCAUCUGAAGUUGAGGUGUCUCUCCUCUUCCUGCAGGGUACAGCAGGAGAGUGCCACCAAAGUCAUGUUAAGCUCCACAGGCCCCUGGCGUGAAGAGCUGGGGGCACCCAUCCUGAGCAGCACAAGUAGGCCCCAGGCCUAGCUUUAUGCAGGCAGGGGGAGUGUGGUCCUUUUUAUCCUAUGCCUAAACAAGACAACACAGACGGACAAACUAGAUGACUACAGGGCCCGGUGUGCCAAGCAGGGAGAAUGAGCCAUCUGCCUUGCCCUCUCUGGCAAGCAGUAGUCCUGGGAUCACAGUUGAAGGGACCACCCUGUGGCUGACUGCUUUCCCUGCUCUUGGUUCCCAGAGCUAUAGAGGAGCAGCAGGAGCAGUGCUCUAAGCAUGGCUCCCUGGAGUGCCUAUUUAUUUCCUUGUUUUUGCCGAUGCUGGGCAGGUCCUCAACUGUACCCUUUGGGCACUCAGAAACACAAUAGACUGGGGAGGGCUGGACCAGGAUUCAGGGGCACAGGCAGCGCGGCGUUUGGCUGUGUACAUAGGGUGCUUUAUUCUCCACAGAGUGAUACAUGCUAAGGUGGGCUGGGCUUGGGCCAAUGUCCCCAUAUGUACAGAACUGAAUAAAGUGGGUCUCUGAGA